AUGAAGUUAUUACCUGUAUUCAUAAUUAUUUUGCUUUCAAUUUCGCUCACUUCCUACGCUCUUCUCGCAGUAAACGGCAAUGAGCUGUUAUUAAAAACUCAUGGUGCUGUACGUGCCCGGCGUGUUCGUGACGUGGAUGACAAUCAACCUAACGAAAAUUACGGAGCUACACGACGCUUAUUACGACAUGAAGCACAAAUGAUGAAGAAAGCGAAAAGUAUUUUGAAGAACAAGAAAUAUAAGACAAUCAGUACAUGA